AUGGAUGCAUCUCUCCUCGCACAACCUCAGGCUUCUUCCGCAAGUUCCUACGGCACUUUGAACUCGGCAUCUCCGUCCUGCACUCCGCCUGCCGACAUGUCAAAGCCCAAGCUCGCCUCCGACUCGGAACUUGGCCAGGUCAGCCAAAAUGCCGAUUCGGCUUCGGACAUCCUCGACGACCAAAAGGCGAUUCGCGAGAGGCAGAUCCGAUUGAAGGUCGACUUUCGCCUCUGUACCAUCGCCGGAAUCCUGUGCAGCCUCAACCUGUUGGACAGUGGCGUCAUCUCCAGUGCCUCGGUUACGUCCAUGCUGGCGGAUCUCGACCUCGACAAAGGCAAGCGAUAUUCCAUCUCCAUCUUCAUCUUUACCGUCUCCAGCAUAUUCUUCCAGUUGCCGUCGACCAUUGCUGUGAGAUGGUUUGGUCCUCGCCGCUGGUUUUCCUUCAUCACCUGCUGCUUUGGCUUGAUCACCCUGUGCACCGGUUUCAUCCAGACAUGGAAGCAGAUGGUAGCACUUCGAAUCCUCCUUGGCGCAUCCAUGGCAGGCAUUUACCCCGGACUUGGCUACCUCAUCAGUACUUGGUACACCAGAGAAGAGCAGCAACUCAGGUUCGCAUUCAUGCAGAGCGGCCAAGUCAUCAUCCUUGCGACCGGAAGCAUCGUCAACUUUGGACUGAACCACCUGAAUGGCCACGCCGGGCUUGAAGGCUGGCGAUGGAUGUUCAUCGUGCAGGGUGCCAUCACCAGCUUCAUCGGCAUCGUCACAUACUGGUGGGUUGUCGAUUUCCCCGAAAAUGCCCAUCGCAGCUUCAUGUUCCUGUCAAAGGAGGAGAGUGCCAUUGCCGCAAGUCGCAUCCACAGAGACCGCUCUGACGUGCACGCCGAUGCCUUUACCAUCAAGAAAGUGCUCGUCCACGCACUGGAUCCCAAGAUCUAUGGGCUCUGCUGCCUGUUCUUCCUGCAGAAUGUCGUCAGCACCGCGCUGAACUACUUCCUGCCCAUCAUCCUGCAAAGUGGCAUGGGAUUUUCGUCCAAUGCGUCCAUUAUCUUGUCCGCGCCGCCCUAUUACUACGCCGUCAUUCCCGCAUUGCUUUCAUCCUUGAUGGGAGACAAGUACCGGAUGCGCGCGCCCAUCAUCUUCUUCAACUGCGUCUGUGUGAUUGUCGGUUUCUGCAUGCUAGGGUUGGCGCAGCAAGUCACAGUGAGAUACAUCGGGACCUUUCUCGCCACGGGAGCCUAUGUGGCCAAUUGGGCGGCUCUGAUGGCAUAUCAGGCAAAUAACAUCGUCGGACAAUGGAAGCGCGUCUUCACCGCAGCGAUAUGCACUGCAUUCAACGGAGCAGGUGGCAUUGCAGGCAGUUACAUAGUGCGCAGCAACGAAGCACCGAGAUACCCGACUGCCGUCUGGAUCUCAAUCGGCUCGCAUAUACUGAUGGUCGGCAUUGUGAUGGUCUUCUCGCUCUACUUUACAGUCGCCAACAGGGCGCAAAAGCGGGGAAGGAAGAUACUUGAGGCAACAGAGGGUUUCCGAUUUACGAUAUGA